UGGAGGGGGGAGGUUUUUGUUGAGGAGAGCGCGGCCGGAGAGCAGAGCUCCGGGACCCAGGUGACCGGGAAAGCAGGCAGCCCCAGCGGCGGGAGCAGCCGGCAGCAGCCCAGGCCCGGGGCCCGGGGCCCGGGGACCGGGGUGGGGGUGGGAGGGGGGCUGAGGGGAGGACCUGAAGGGGGGCAGCAGGGCAAAAGGGACCCCUGGAGCCCUGCCGCCAUCAGAGAUCAAGCAUCUGGCAUCAGGGAUCUUCGGACCCAGCAGAAGGAUCCGCCACAGGGGAGGUGUCCUCCCCAGGGAAGCCAACGAGAGAUUCACCUGCUCCACAUCAGGAGUGGGCCCCCGUCACUGACGCUGCUGGCAACCAUAGCAGGCCCCUUAACCCCUCAGUCUCCUCCCCAUCACCCUCCUCAGGCCCUUUCCCCACCUUCAGCUCCCAUCUCAACUCCCAGUUCCCAGCUCUGUAAGCCCCAGCACCCAGGCUACCACCUCACGCUCCAGGUCUUGGCCACACUCACCCCCAUCCUGGGACAUUUGCCAGAUCUCUGGGAGGGAGAUCGUUUGUUUGGGCUAUGCCCCCUGGUGGCAUGACAGCAUCUGCCUAGACCCCUGACCCCUAGCCCUCAACUCCCUGGGCCUCCUUUGUGUGAAGAGCCGCCCCUCUGCUCAGCAGCGUGGUUGGGGGCCAAAGGGAAAGCCAGCCCUGGCUGGGGCCCCGGCCCCCACCACUUGUCUCCUUGCUGGGCAGCUCCCCUUGGCCUUUGGGCCUCUCCCUGAUCCCCUCGGCCCCUCCUCCUGGGCCGCCUCAAUGAAGGAGCCGGAUGCCAUCAAGCUGUUUGUGGGGCAGAUCCCGAGGCAUCUGGAGGAGAAGGACCUGAAGCCCAUCUUCGAACAGUUUGGUCGGAUCUUCGAGCUGACUGUCAUCAAGGACAAGUACACCGGGCUGCACAAGGGAUGUGCCUUCCUGACAUACUGUGCCCGGGAUUCAGCCCUGAAGGCCCAGAGCGCCCUGCACGAACAGAAGACUCUUCCAGGGAUGAACAGGCCCAUCCAGGUCAAGCCGGCCGACAGCGAGAACCGAGGAGAAGACCGGAAGCUCUUUGUGGGGAUGCUAGGGAAGCAGCAGACAGAUGAGGACGUCCGCAAGAUGUUCGAGCCCUUCGGGACCAUAGACGAGUGCACUGUGCUCCGGGGGCCAGACGGCACCAGCAAAGGCUGCGCCUUCGUGAAGUUCCAGACCCACGCAGAGGCCCAGGCGGCCAUCAACACCCUUCACAGCAGCCGGACCCUGCCAGGUGCCUCGUCCAGCCUGGUGGUGAAGUUUGCUGACACUGAGAAGGAGCGAGGUCUCCGCCGCAUGCAGCAGGUGGCCACCCAGCUGGGCAUGUUCAGCCCCAUUGCCCUCCAGUUUGGAGCCUACAGCGCCUACACCCAGGCCCUGAUGCAGCAGCAGGCGGCCCUGGUAGCGGCUCACAGUGCCUACCUCAGCCCCAUGGCCACCAUGGCUGCCGUGCAGAUGCAGCACAUGGCUGCCAUCAAUGCCAAUGGCCUCAUCGCCACCCCCAUCACCCCAUCCUCAGGAACCAGCACCCCUCCUGCCAUCGCUGCCACGCCUGUCUCUGCCAUUCCGGCUGCCCUGGGCGUCAACGGCUACAGCCCAGUGCCCACCCAGCCCACUGGGCAGCCUGCCCCUGAUGCUCUGUAUCCCAACGGGGUUCAUCCCUACCCAGCCCAGAGCCCUGCGGCCCCCGUGGACCCCCUGCAGCAGGCCUACGCGGGGAUGCAGCACUACACAGCAGCCUACCCGGCAGCCUACAGCCUGGUUGCGCCUGCGUUCCCGCAGCCCCCAGCCCUGGUCACCCAGCAGCCCCCACCACCCCCUCAACAGCAGCAGCAGCAGCAGCAGCAGCAGCAGCAACAGCAGCAGCAAAGAGAAGGCCCUGAUGGCUGCAACAUCUUCAUCUACCACCUGCCCCAGGAGUUCACUGACUCAGAGAUCCUCCAGAUGUUUGUCCCCUUUGGCCACGUCAUCUCAGCCAAAGUCUUUGUUGACCGGGCCACCAAUCAGAGCAAAUGUUUUGGCUUUGUGAGUUUCGACAAUCCAGCCAGUGCCCAGGCCGCCAUCCAGGCCAUGAACGGUUUCCAGAUCGGCAUGAAGCGCCUCAAAGUCCAGCUAAAGCGGCCUAAGGAUGCCAACCGGCCCUACUGAGGCCCCCAGGUCUGGAGAUCCAGAGGAAGGGGCGCCUCACACCCUCUUCCCACGACUGGGCCCAGCCCUCUCUGCACACCUGCCCUGGGCCUUGACUGGGCUCCGGGGGCAAACAUGCUUCGUGGCCCUGGGGGGCACAAGACACCAGCCCCUCCCACCCCUUGCCUCUCUGAAGGGCCGUGGCUAUGCUUCCCUGGCUCCAAGGGCCAGCUUCUUCCUAGGUGCCCUUUUGGCCUUUGUGAGGGAGCGAGGGGAACAGGCUUGAAGGUUCCGGGGUAACUGCCUUCUGCUGGGCUCCUGUGACAGGCCUUCUGUGCCCAGCGUUUGUACUUGCCUCCCCCACCAGUGGGCCUGUUCUACCCGUGCAGGCCUCAGAAGAGCUGCAGGGGCCUGCCACACACUCCCAGCCCACCUUCACCCCAGCCUCUUCCCCACACUAGGGGUUUCUUGGAAGCUGGCUCUCACUCCCCUCCACCCUCAGCUUAGAGGUAGGAUAUCCCUAACUCCUGGGCUCCCAGCCCUAAAACUCACUGCCUCCCCCAAGGGCCCCCUCUAAGGAGGGUGUGGGGGAGCCCUGAGGGCUGCCUCUCUGCCAGUCAGCCACAGAGACCCUCCUCCUUUCACGAGGAAAAGACCUUUCCCUGAACCCCUAAAAAUGUUUACAGUCUCUGCUGGUUCCCUCCGUGUAAAUACCACUACCACCCGUGCGUUAUCCAGCCCGCCCGGCCUGGCCCGGACGCUGCCAUCUCUCUUUCUGGGAGUUUAGACAAUGUUGCCCUUGGAUUUUUUUCUCUCUCUCUUAAUUUCUCCCUUUGCUUUGGGGGGUAAUUGGGUAUUGGGAGGAGGGGUGUGGGGAGGGGUAAAGGGGUUUAUUACCUGAUCAUUUUCUUUAGAAAGAGGUUUUAGGGAAAAGAAAAUGGGGUGGGGGGUGGGAGUGGUAAAGGGAGACCGGGGAGUCAGUUUCAGACAGUUCUCUAUGCGUAACUUAUUUAUUUAUUGCAUUUUACUUUUAAAGAGUUGGUCUUUUCUGUCUAAAUAAAGAAAAAAGUUUAAAAGCAUCAAA